AUGCUGUCCGACCACGAGUUCUUCUUGGCGUGCGACCCGCACCUGCACAAGUAUGACCUGAUCCCCGCGGCCGACCUGGCCACCGCCAUCAACCCGCCCCCAUCUAUUUCGGAUCAAGUCAAUACAUCGGGAAGGGGGCAGGGCGAGGAAGAGGGGAAGGUGGACGAAGAACAAGCGGUGAUGCCGACGUGUUACCGCGUCACUGACAUCGUGCAUGCCGUCCCGGCGGGGAUAUGGGACUCCAAUGUUGUCAGCACGUAUGAGUUCACUGAUAUCAGGGACGGGGUGUUUGUGCGGAUCAGGAGUCCCCUGUCAAUUGUCAUGGAUACCUUUUGGGAUGUGAGGGAGGUUGACGGUGAUGGCAAUGCUGGCGGGAAGGGGCUGGAGUUGGUAGAAGUUAUGACGAUCAGUUGCUCACGGCUGGUGAUGGGCCCGGUCCGGGGGCAGUGUGAGAAUGGAUGGGGGAAGAUCCAUGCCAAGAUGAUUGCUAGGAAGGGUGGUCUUGGGCCGACCGACAGGUGA